AUGGCAGUCUCUGUCCAGACACGAUUCUCUUCGAAGCCAGGAAUGUGGAAUCUAGGAGAUCCACCGAACGCGUUCUCAUCCACAGGAGCAGAUGCCAUAUCAACUUCUUUGGCGUAUCAAUAUCCCAUACCAACCUCGACCUUUGAGCCUUCCUCCAAUUUGAUUCCCAACUUCCAUCACCCUUCGUUGGGACACACCCAACCUCAUCCAGCUUCCCAAGGCCAGCCGGUAUCUCCUAACUUCAAGAACCCAGGACAUCCGACGGCCCCUAAGUCAACAAAGAUUAAACGAUCGAUGUCAACUCCAAAUGUGCGAGGGCAAGCCACUGCGGAUGCUGCUGCGCUCGCAUUAUCAGCGGACAAAAGAAGGAAUAAGCUAGGCUACCACAGAACUUCUGUCGCAUGCGGCCACUGUCGUCGGCGGAAGAUUAGAUGUAUUCCAGCACCAGGGGAUCCACAGAAUCGAUGUUCCAAUUGUAUCAGGUUGAAAAAGGAAUGCAAUUUUUUCCCUGUUGACCAGCAUCCGCAGCCAGAUCCAAGACGUAGGGAUUCCAGGACUCAAAAUGGACCUGGGGGUCCAUCACAGUCAUCAUCACCUACAACGUCAUCCAGCCAUAUCCCAGAAAUACCAUCCAAUUUGCCCUAUCCGCCGCUGAAUAUGCCUCCAAUCCAGGAUCUUGGAGGCCCACAGAUGAAACGACAGAGGACUGAGAGCUUUUCCCCGGAAAAUAAGGGUGUGAAGUCGUUGAGCUCUGGCAACAACUUCCCUGACAAAGUUGCAGUGGUCACAUCAUCGCGGAACUUUGACUACAAUCAUGGCGCCACCAACUGGAUGGCCCCAGAUGCUUCACCUAGCAUCAAGCAUCAAGCAGAAAUGCCGCAAUCGUACUGGCGACCAAACCCGCAAGAUUCACCUCUCACGCCCGCCUUCUCACCGUUUACUCCUAGCUUACAGAUACCACCCCCACAGAACUGGGCGGCGCCUCAAGCAGAGCCUAGCCCAAGAGACGAUUUAUCCUGGUCUGUCCCUCAGCGUUCAAUCUCGUAUAGCAACUUGGAAGGUUUGCAAAACCACCAGCAAUAUGCGCCUUAUACUCAAGCCCCGUCGAAUCCCGUCCUAGAUCAUUAUACCACCAAACCCCGCGCUCACGGCAUGUACCCACCCCCACUAGCAACACCAUCAAGCGGUAUGAUACCCCCAAGCGUACCUUCAGCUGCGAACGAAACGCUCCCUCACCCCCAAUCCGCAAGUCCUCUGCCCGCAGCAGGAUACCAGAGCUGGCAGCAACCAUACUCGUAUCAAAAGCCAGCUGGCUCCAGCAGCGAAGGGUAUGGUUCCUGGACCACACCCAACGAGGCACUUCCUCGUCCGCUAGCUUUCGCUGGAGAUGUGCAUGCAUCGGCUCCAACUUAUGGCUACGGAGAACCCACGGCGGGAAUGUAUUAUCCAGGCCAACAACCUCCUCCCCCUUCCGGACAUCCAGGUCGAUGA